UUAAAUUAGAAUUCACAGAAAUGUUUUAUCUUAGUAAUUAUUUUACUCAAGAAAAAGAUUCUGAAAAGUUCGCAAAAAAAGGUAAAAUUAGCUUAUACAGAAGUGUUUCUGUCAAGAAUUUAUUAAAAAGCUUAAAAAAAGAGAAGAUAAAUUUGGCAGUUUCUCAUCAAGAGAAGGCAGUUAAUAUUUCACCAAAAAAAG